CCGAUUGCACAUGACAGACAGCCAACACCGCCGACGCUGCACUCUCCACGCCCGAGACAUGAAAGUCCUCUGCCAGAGGAUCUCCAUGGCCUGCAAUGGCCGCACAAUCUACACUGCGACAGCCGCAUGAUCCGCUCCUCGCCCUCUACAAGCACUAUGCGGUCCUGCUCCGCACCCGCGUCGGCGAUGCCUCGAAGCUCACGAAGCUGCUCUCCGCCAUCACGCUCGCGCUCACCAUAAUCGGCUCGGGCUAUGGCGCGCGGACGUGGUACCAGAAAACCCGCGCCGAGAAAGAGACGGGGCGGCGGCUGUUGAGGCGCAAUUCGGGCCUGCGAGGGAAGGACGGGUCCCGGACGAUCUACGUGCCAUACCGAGACUCGACGUCCAAGGUGGUCAUCCACCCGACCAAGCCCACCACCUUCGAUGCGCAUCGUCGCCUCUUCCUCCAGCCGCCGCGCGCCGCGCGCAUGGCCGACGCAAGCAACCCGCAAGCACCGCCGCCGCAGACCAAGCCCGGCCUGAACCUCGCCUUCCUGCACCAGUUCCUGAGCCUGCUGAACAUCAUGAUCCCGCGAUGGAACAGCAAGGAGUCUGGCUUGCUCAUCAGCCAUAGUGUCUUCUUGAUGCUGAGGACCUACUUGUCGCUGGUGGUCGCGCGACUAGACGGAGAGAUUGUCCGCGAUCUGGUUGCAGGCAACGGGAAGGCUUUCCUGUGGGGCAUCGUCAAGUGGCUCGGAGUUGGCACCUUUUCGUCCUACACAAACGCCAUGAUCAAAUUCCUGCAGUCCAAGGUCUCCAUUGCUUUCAGGACGCGACUCACGAGAUACAUCCACGAUCUCUACCUGAACGACCACCUCAAUUACUACAAACUGCACAACUUGGAUGGCGGAGUAGGCCAGGGUGCAGACCAGUUCAUUACCCAAGACCUCACCUUGUUCUGCGCAUCUGCGGCAUCCCUCUAUUCUUCCCUCGGCAAGCCGUUCGUCGACAUCUGCGUGUUCAACUAUCAGCUCAUCCAGUCGCUGGGUCCGUUGGCUUUCACUGGACUGUUGAGCAACUACUUCCUCACCGCGACGAUUCUGCGACGUCUGUCCCCUCCAUUCGGCAAGCUCAAAGCCGUCGAAGGCCGUAGAGAAGGCGACUUCAGAGCGCUGCACUCUCGCUUGAUCGCAAACGCCGAAGAAGUCGCUUUCUACGGGGGCGAUGAGAUGGAGAAACACUUUCUCGACAAAGGUUUCAAGGAUCUCAAGCACUGGAUGGAAGGCAUCUACAGCUUGAAGAUCCGCUACAACAUGCUCGAGGACUUUGUGCUCAAGUACUCUUGGUCAGCCUUUGGCUACCUGAUCACUUCGCUUCCCGUCUUCCUUCCCGCCUGGGGCGGCCUAGGUAGCACACAAGAGCUAUCUGGCGGCGAGAAGCAGAACAGGGAACGGAACCGCAUGAAAGAUUUCAUUACCAACAAGCGGCUCAUGCUCUCGCUUGCGGACGCUGGAGGCCGCAUGAUGUACUCUAUCAAAGAUCUCUCGGAACUUGCUGGUUACACAUCACGUGUGUACACUCUCAUCAGCACAUUGCACCGCGUCCACUCAGACUCCUACCACCCUACCCCCGGCACGCGCCCAGAACUCUAUUCUGUGUCCGACGUCCAAGGGACAGUCCACAAAGGCUUCGACGGCGUCCGUCUCGAACACGUGCCUGUCGUCGCACCAGCCUUAUACCCCAUGGGCGGUGACGAGCUCAUCGAAUCUCUCUCUUUCAUCGUCCACUCAGGCGAGCACCUCCUCAUCGCCGGACCCAACGGCGUCGGCAAGAGCGCCGUCGCGCGCAUCGUCGCCGGCCUGUGGCCCACCUACCGCGGUCUUGUCAGCCGGCCGCGCACCAUCGGCACAGAUGGCAUCAUGUUCCUCCCUCAGCGGCCGUACCUCAGCACAGGCACUCUGCGCGACCAGGUCAUCUACCCGCACACCGAGGUCGACAUGAAGGCCGCGGGCCGCCGCGACAUCGAGCUCAGCCAGAUCCUCGAGGAGGCAAAGCUGGGCUACAUCCCCGACCGCGAGGGCGGCUGGGACACCAAGAAGGUGUGGAAAGACGUCUUCAGCGGCGGCGAGAAGCAGCGCAUAGGCAUUGCGCGGCUGCUGUACCACGAGCCGCGGUACGCGUUCAUCGACGAGGGCACCAGCGCUGUGUCGUCCGAUGUCGAGGGCCUGCUGUACGAGCGCGCCAAGGCGAAGGGAAUUACGCUCAUCACAAUCUCCACCCGCGCCUCCCUCAAGCGGUACCACACGUACACGCUCACGCUCGGCAUGGGCGAACAGGGCGACGAGUGGGAGUUCCAGCGCAUCGGCACCGAGAGCGAGAAGUCGAGCGUGGAAAAGGAGCUUGCGGAGCUGCGCGAGCGGCUCGCCAAGGUCGAGCAGUGGACGAAGCGGAAGCAGGAGAUUGACGCGGAGCUGGCGCGCGUGUGGCUCGAGGGCGGCGACGAGCUUGCGCCGCCGGCGUAUGCGGAGGUCGCUGACGAGCAGGAGUCGGACGCGUAUGCGGAGGUCGCUGACGAGCAGGAGUUGGACGCGUAUGCGGAGGUCGCUGACGAGCAGGAGUUGGACGCGUAUGCGGAGGUCGCUGACGAGCAGGAGUCGGACGCGCACCAAGGCGGCGACGUGGGCGAUGCGUAACGACGUGCUGGCAGGCGGCAUGUACACGGUUGUAUGAUUAAGUGCACUUGCAUUUUGCUCUAGAACUGCAUAAGAAACACUACGAGACGCCUCCUUUU